UUUCAUGGGAGCGCCCGCGGGUGUGCGCGAACACGCUCAGCGGCUGGACUGUGUAAUUCGCAGCAGAUGACCACUUUUUCGGGGGGGGAUGGAGACUUUUAACUGUGGAAGGGAGCUGUGCUCGGACAGCAUCAGAGUGGUUUGGACUAAUUAACGUGCUGACCAGCGAUGGAGCCAUGUACCUGAGGCGUGCACAGCUUUCCAGGGAAACAAUGGAUGAGUCGGUCUGCAGCACGACGGGAGAAAGGCGCGACUGCACCUGAACAGCACGCAGCGACCCUGGUGCGUGCCAGCAGCACUCUGGGGAUGGAUACCAACGGGUUCCUUGCGGGGAUUUGCUUUUUCCUGCUGUCAGUGAGUGGGGUUACAGCUUCAGCACUAGACUAUUGUCCCGAGCGCUGCGACUGUCCGCAUGCACGGCACCUCAUGUGCGCCAACCGCGGGUUGCGCGCUGUGCCAAAGCCCACUGAUGCGCGGGUGUCCCAUGACGCGCUGAUCUUCAGCCUCGGGGGCAACUUCAUCACAAACAUUUCUGCCUUCGAUUUCACCUGGUAUACUGACCUUGUGAGGCUCAAUUUACAGUAUAAUCAAAUUGCAAUUAUUCAUCCCAAAUCGUUUGAGAAACUUUCCAAGUUGGAGGAGCUGUAUCUAGGACAUAAUCUUUUAACAGCUGUACCUGCUGGAACUUUACAACCCCUGAGGAAAUUAACUACCCUCUACGGAAAUAACAAUGACAUUAAGAACAUCACCGCGGAGCUCUUUUCCAACUUGGAUAAUCUUACUAAAUUGCGCCUGGAUGGAAACGCGAUAGAAAUUCUGCAGGAUUCUGUUUUUAAAAGCGUGCCUAGUUUGCAUUAUCUCCAUCUGGAACACAACAACGUGCAUUAUAUACACAUGAAGGCUUUCUCAACGCUAACAAACCUGCGCUUUUUAAACCUGGCGCACAACAAGCAGUCUGCAGUGCGCGACGUCCUCACGUUUGCGCCGCUCAGAGCUCUGACGACCUUGCUGCUCUCUGAGAAUGAAAUACAGCACAUCGGAAACGACGUCUUCCAAAACCUGAAAAAGCUAUCAAAGCUGUCCCUGAGCAACAACAGGAUAUCUGGCAUGGACAGGGACGCCCUCAGGGGGCUGACGGCUCUCAGGGAGCUGCUGAUUGACGGCAACGACCUGCAGGAAAUCCCCGCCGGGCUGCUCGACCCUCUGCAGCGCGUCGAGGAGCUGGACCUGAGCCGCAACCGCAUCUCCAGCGUGCACCCCUCGGCCUUCUCCAAACUGAGAAAGCUAAAGGUGCUGAGGCUGAAGAACAACUUCCUCAGCAGUCUGUCCGGGGACAGCUUUGCCCUCAACGACGUGCUGCACAAGCUGGACCUGCACGGCAACAACUGGACGUGCGACUGUCGCCUGCAGGAGCUGAAGAGAUGGAUGAGCGCCGCGCACUCGCAGGGCAAACUUUUGACCGUAUUUGUGCAAUGUCGUUACCCUGCAACCCUGAGGGGGAAAUAUUUGGACUAUGUGAACAGCUCCCAGCUGCAACCCCUCGGGAACUGGAGUCAUUUGUGCAAGAGACGCACUUUGCCUGAGGAGAGCCCGGGAGAGGGUUUGCUGGGGAAGGGAGAGGGGGGGGAGAAAGGUGAGUCCAGCCUAGAUGCAGGAUGGAGUGAAGAGUUGAGGGGUGAAGGGGUUCAGCAGGGUGCAGGUGAGAAAAAUGAAACAGUUGUGGGGGAAGGAGAAGAUUUUAGACAAGGGAAGAGGGAUGGAGGGAUGACUAAGGGAGAGAGAGAGAAAAGGAAAAGACAGGGGCAAGAAGAGGUAGAAGUCCAACAAGACCAAGGCAAUCCGGAAGUGACGGAGGAGGCAUCAAUCCUGAAAGGAAAGAAACCAAGAAGGGAGUCACAAGCUGCUACAGAAAGACAGGGGAAACGUGCCAAAGGUAGACACAGGUCGAAUGUUCUUCACAAAACGGAUCCAUCGACCACGCCGAGCCCCGCGCCGAGCACCGGACCCAAGACCGACACUCCCGUCCGGUCAGGAGAAAGGUUUGAUCUCCUGAGGUCAGACCUGCCUGUAAUCACAGAUCCUUGCACGUUCAACCGUCAUUUCAUCACCAACGUGUCAGUGGAUGACGUGACCUCUAGUACCGCCACCGUCUUCUGGACCACCAGGGAGCAUCACCAUCACACAGCAGGAUCCAGACGAGGCCUCCCCGAAAUCCACUACCGGGUUCUGUACGACAGGUUUGGCACCCCGGAUCGUUUUCCCCGCUACGUCUACGCACACGGCUCGUCUCGCUCCGUCACCCUGCGAGAGCUCAGCUCAGGAGUCACCUACAUGGUCUGUGUGGAGGGAGCGGUGGGGGGAUCCGUGUGUCAGGUGGCGCCCCGGGACCACUGCGCGGGACUGGUCACCCUCCACGAGGAGCGGGUCCGGGGAGCCUCGCUGACCUCUGACCUGCAGCUGGUCACGGUGGCGACUCUAGUGGGGAACGCCGUGCUGCUGCUGGUCAUCGGCGGGGUGUGGCUGGGGCGGAGCCUCAGGAGAAGGCUGCAGAGGAGGAAGUCGGCCGUCCACGUGCGCCACAUGUACUCCACCAGGAGGCCGUUUCGACCCCCCGUGGCCACGGCCUCCGUGUCGACUGACUUCACCAGCUACCAGAGCAGUCGGCCCGCGCGGCUCGCCCCACUGGAGGAGGGAGACCUCAUCGAGUUUCCCUGCGACCGCUUUCUAGACAGCUGCAGCACUCGCAGGGACAGCGACAUGCAGAGAUUCUCCCACUGAAACUACAAAAACUCAAACCAAAUACUGACACUGUACAGCAAAGAAAGGCAUAUGUUUUGUUGAGGUUUCUGACUAUUGUUCUCUUGGCUUGACAUGCUGCAGUUUCACAUUAUAUGCAUGGAUUUGCUUGCAGCUGUACAGAGACCCACUGAAAGGCUUCUCUCGGGCCUCCUCAGACUGCAGAGGAAGUCCAAUCCCCCUGACUUCCUUUUCCUGCUUUGUGCCUUUUCCUCUUUUAUUUCCUUGCACCUGUGAGUGUCCUUAAAUGUGUGAUUGUUGUGAGUGCAAGUGUGCACAUGUGAAUGAUGUACCACUGAUUUCGAUAAUGGUGCUAAUAGUGAAUUAUCAGACAUCAUAUUGUCUCACAUUUGUACAGAAUGUAACGAUGGCUGCUGGUUAGCAAAAAAGGUUUAAAAAAAAAAAGAAAAAAAUUGUCUUGUGCCACACCUAUCAUGUUUUUUUUUUAUACUUUUGUAUGGAACUUUGUAUCAUUUUUCAAUAUGAAAAGAAGUAAAA